AUGUCAAAUAAAAGUAGGUAUCAACCACCACCACAUCCAACAAUUGGAAUAUUAAAAAAUCAUCCAAAUUUUUGUACAACAACAAUACCACAAAAUUCUGGUGUUCCUUCAUCAUCAUCAUCAACUGGUUUAAUAAAUCAACAACAAGUUUCUCAUCCAUCACAUUUAAUUCAACAACAACAACAACAAUCACGUUUAUUACACUCAAAAGAUGCACAAGGAAAAUUUACAACUAAAAUAGAACAUUUAAUUCCUCAAUCAACAAAAAAUUCAACAACUGGUUUUUAUACUGGUAAAUCUAGUGGACAAUAUUUACCACCAAAUAGUCAAUAUCCAACGUCAACAACAGUCACCAACACAACCAAUAAACAACGUUUAAGUGACGAAGAAUUUUUACGUCUUGGUCCAGUGGAAAUGCUUAAAUUUGUUAGAAAAACAGAGACUGAUAUUGCUAGACUUGCUGCUGAGCAAAAUCGUCAAAUACAAAGUUUGCUAAAUGAAUUACGAAUAUUAAAAGAAGCAAAUCAACGUUUAAGUGAUGAUAAUCAAGAAUUACGUGAUUUAUGUUGUUUUCUUGAUGAUGAUCGUCAAAAAGGACGUAAAUUAGCACGUGAAUGGCAACGUUUUGGACGUUAUACAGCAAGUGUUAUGCGUCAAGAAGUAUCAGCAUAUCAAAAUAAAUUACAUGAAGAACGUGGUGGUGGUAGUAGUAAUGGUAAUAAUGGUGGCAGUGGUAGUGGUGGUGGACAAAGAGAUGAUGGUGAUGGAUCAAGUUCAAGUACAAAUGCUGAAGAAAAUUUACCAUCACGAGCAAGACAUGCUGCAGCAGCAGCAGCAGCUGCUACAUUUAAUGAUCAAACAAUGCAAUAUGUGAGGAGUUUGGAACAAAGAGUAAAACAACUUGAAGAAGAUAAAAGUAUGUUACAAGCAAGAGCACAAACAUGGGAAUUACCACCAGGUGAAAUUUGGGAUAAUCCAACAACACAAAAUGAUAAUCAACAACUUGGUGGUAGACCAGAAGCUGUUGUACGUGCAUUACAAGUUUUAGAAGUACGCGAACAACUUGAACGUGAUGCUGGUCAUGAUAAUGAAAAAGCACUUGUUCGUGAAAUGUGUAAUGUAGUUUGGCGUAAAUUAGAAGAAACUUCACAAACAAGACGCUAA